AUGAGACCACCUCACUGGAGGAGGGUCCCCUGGGUGCUCCUGAGCUGCUUAUGUUCCCACCUCCUUUGGCCUGUGGUUCAGGGGGCAGUGACAAAUACCCUGAGGCCACGCAGUCCCUCACCACCCUCCACAUCCCCUCCCACACUCACCACCUCUACUGCCAGUGCUUCCACAGGCUCCAGCUCAACAGCUCCCCGUCUCCCCACCCAGCCCUUAGGAGAACCUUACACUCAGUUCACAGAUAAUGGCCAGAUCAUUUUCCCAGAGUCAGACUACCAUAUCUUCUCCUACCCCAAUCCACCGUCACGAGGCUUCACGAGAUGGGACACUGUAGCCAUGGUGGCUCCAUUCUGGGAUGACGCUGAUUUUUCCAACCACAGAGGGGCCAUGUUUUACCAGGAAUAUGAGACACUCUAUGGUGAAUAUAACUCACUCGUUAGGCAGGUGGAUACUUGGAUUAAACAGUUCACAGAUUCCUGGGACUACAAUGCCAAGUGGACCCUAAAGAUUACAUGGGUCAAAGUACCUGCCUAUCCUGCCCAGUGGACCAUUGGGACCAACACCUACCAGGCCAUCCUCACCACAGAUGGCAGCAGGUCCUAUGCCCUGUUUCUCUACCAGAGAGGUGGGAUGCAAUGGGACGUGACCCAGCGCCGGCACAGCUCGGUUGUCAUGGGGUUUUCCAGUGGAGAUGGGUAUUUUGAAAACAGCCCAUUGAUGUCCCAGCCUGUGUGGAAGAAGUACCGUCCAGACCAAUUCCUGGAUCCCAAAUUAGGUCUCCAGGGGCUGCAGGUUUACAGGCUCCACAGGGAAGAAAGGCCCAACUUCCGGCUCAUGUGCCUGAGGUGGUUAAAUACCCAGCCUCAGAGGCCCAGCUGGGGCUGGAGCCACAUCUCCUGCCCUUGCUCCUGGCAGCAGGGACAGUGGGAUUUACGAUUCCAGCCCAUCCGCACAGGUUGGUGGGACUCCAACAGCAGGAAGCUGUGUAGUUUCUCCUCUUGGCGAGGGGGUGUGUGCUGCCGCUAUGGGCCCUGGGGAGAGUUCCGAGAAGGCUGGAGCGUGCAGAGUCAUUGGCACUUUGACCAGGAGCUGGAGCCACAGAACUGGUGCUGCCGCUGGAAUGACAAGCCUUUCCUCUGUGACCUGUACUGGCAAAGGCGACCCCGCAUCAGCUGUGCUGGGUACAGACCUCCACGACCCGCCUGGACAUUUGGGGAUCCCCACAUUGUCACCUUCGAUGAUGCCAGUUACACCUUCAAUGGGCUGGGGGACUUCCUGCUGGCCCGGGCCUCAGAUGAAAACUCCUCCUUUCUGCUGCAGGGCCGCACUGCCCAGACCCCCACAGCCAAUGCCACCAACUUCAUUGCCUUUGCUGCUCAGUACAACUCCAGCACUGUGGGCCCCAUCACGGUUCAAUGGCUCCUUGAAUUCAAUAACACAAUCCGUGUUCUACAUAAUCACCAUGAUGUGACAUUUGAGACCAACCACGUAGAUGCAGAAGGCCUGCAGAUAUUCAACACCACUGGCCUCCUGUUGACCCGGAAUGGCUCCCAGAUUUCAGCCAGCUUUGAUGGGACAGUGACCAUCACAGUGAUCGCUCUCUCCAACAUCCUCCAUGCCUCCUCCAACCUUCCAGAGGAGUACCAAAACCGCACAGAGGGUCUCCUGGGGGUCUGGAACAACAAUCCGGAAGAUGACUUCAGGAUGCCCAAUGGCUCCACCAUUCCUAGAAACAGCUCUGAGGAGACGCUUUAUCACUAUGGAAUGACCUGGCAAAUCAAUGGAACAGGCCUCCUCGGGAACAGGACUGGUUCUCUGCCUUCCAAUUUCACCCCUGUAUUUUUGUCCCAACUAACAAUGAGAAACAAUAAUUCUUUGGUCGCUGAGUGUAAUGAAGAUAAACCAUGCACCUAUGACUUCCUGGUCACUGGAAACAUAGACCUCGGACGUCACACCAGGAUGGCCUCGGAACAAUACCAGCGGAUGAACACCAGCCUCAAUCAGAACCCACCCUCAAUCAGCGGCCCCAGUGUGGUUGAAGCCUACAAGGGAAAACCCAUAAAGAUUCAAUUCUCCAGUAACUCUGAGAACAUCACAUUCACCCUCAGAGACCAUUGUAAUGACUCUAAGCUCUUUGAGAAUGGAACUUUUCUGUGGAAACCAACAUCCCUGGGACCGUGCACACUGGAUAUUCUAGCAAGAGACAGCAGGACUGGUUUGUCAUCUGCACUCCAGCCCAAGGCUGUGGUCUGCUUCUGCAAGGCAAACAGCCAGUGCUUUUUCAAUCAGACCAAGCGGGUGGGCAAUUCCUCUCUUGAGGUGGCCAGCUGUAAGUGUGAUGAGGACAGCUUCGGCCUCUACUGUGAACGCACCAUGGACCCCUGUGACCAGCAGUGUUUCCCAAACGUGCGCUGCAUUCCCAGGAAGGGCUGUGAGGCCUGCCCCCCCAACAUGACUGGGGAUGGGCGUCACUGUGCAGCUCUGGAGGACCUCUUCCACUGUGUGAACCACUCCUGUCCUGUGAAUUACUGCUAUAAUCAAGGCCACUGCUACAUCUCCCAGACUCCAGACUGCCAGCCCACCUGUACCUGCCCCCCAGCCUUCACCGACACCCGAUGCUUCCUGGCAGGGAACAAUUUCACUCCAGCCAUUUAUGGAGAUCUUCCCUUAAGAGUCAUCCACCUUACACUGAAAGAGGGAGAAAAUGCCUCUGUUGCCGACGUCAACGCCUCGGUGGCAUACAGACUGGAGACCCUGGAAGUGCGGACCUUUCUCCGGAACAGCCAAGUACAACCAAUUUUUCAAUCAACACUGACCCCAGGACACACAAUUCAACACUGGUUAGUCACCUCUGAGUUCCAGUACCGCCCUAGAGGCCCCAUCAUCCACUUUCUGAACAACCAGCUUCGGGAGGCCAUAGUAGAGGCCUUCCUCCAGGCUCCGAGAGGGAGGCAGAAGAGAAACGUGGAGCCCAAGAACAAUGUGUACUUCUACCCCAUCUCAAAGGGAGAUGUACACGACAGAAUGGCCGUGAACCUGAGCACGCUGGAGACUUACUUUAAAUGUGACGGCUACAAGGGCUACCGCCUGGCCUAUGACCCACAGAGUGGCUUCACCUGCGUGUCCCCAUGUAGCGAGAACUACUGUCACCACGGAGGCCAGUGCCAGCACCUGCCGGAUGGGCCCCGCUGCAGCUGCUUGUCCUUCGCCAUCUACACGUCGUGGGGCGAGCGCUGCGAGCGCCUCAGCGUGAAGCUCGGCGCCUUCCUCGGGAUCCUCUUCGGGGCCCUGGGCGCCCUCUUGCUGCUGGGGAUCGCGGUGUUUGUGAGCCUGCGCGUCUGCGGCCGCUUCCGAGCCAAGAACUCGUACCCCCUGUCCCCCGAGUCCUGA